AACUAGAUAUAGCUUGCCCAAGAUUGUUUUUAGAAAUAUAUUUUAUCGUUUUUUAUAUAAACUUAUCAUAUUGAAUAAUUUAGAUAAAUGAUAAAAUUACAGUUCAAGAAACCUGAGCCAAUUCCAAAUUAUUGUGACACAAGUGUUAAGAGUUCUUCUCUUUCAUCGAGUCGAGAAAGUGGUCAGAAUGGAUCUAAAACUUCAGCAGGCAGCAGAAGAUCAUCAUUAAAAAAGAAGGAAGUAAAAAAUAAAAAAGAUUCCAAACGGACGAGUUUGUCUUCUUACCAAACCAGCUCUGAAAUUUUGAGAACUGAAAGGGAAAUAUUGUCUCAAAACUUGGAAGAUGUUACCUCUCCGCUGGAAACUUUGAUCGAAGAGCCGCUAAAUAACGAUUUAAAAGGCUCUAAUCAAAAUGAUGCACCACAACACGUGUUUCCGGAUUCUCUUGACCAAUCUCAUAUGUCUUCUUUAGAACCUUUACCCGAUUGGAAACCUGUUAUUUCAGAUGAAGAUUGUACGAUCACUUUCAAAAAUGGUGGUAUGUAUAUUGGACGAGUUUCCAGAAAGGGUAUGGAAGGCAAAGGAUUGUACAGAUGGAGCAAUGGAACAAUAUAUCAAGGAGAAUUUUUUGACAAUCUUCCACACGGCUUUGGAUCGUACACUUGGUCUGAUAUGUCUUAUUACGAAGGUCAAGUUUACCAGGGUUUUCGGCACGGAAGUGGAUUUUUUGUGGGACCACCUGCUGAACCAGAUCUACCAAGAAUAUAUAUGUCGGGAACUUGGAAUCUAGGUAAACUAGUAGGAAAAGGCAAUUUGAAACAAGGAAGUCAAUUGUAUGAGGGAACAUUUGAAAAUAGUGUACGCACUGGCAAAGGGAUAAGAUAUUAUGAUCCAAAUUCAGUUUAUGCUGGAGAUUUUAUUAACGGCAUCAGAGAUGGAAAUGGAACUAUGGUCUGGGAGAAUAAUGAUGUAUAUAUAGGAAAUUGGAAAAAUGGAUUGAGGCAUGGCUAUGGCGAGUACAUAUGGGAAGCCUAUUUAUAUCCUGAAAUAUGCUUCUUUAAUCAAAAUUUAUACUAUGGUAAUUGGAAAGAAAAUCUUCGACAUGGAUUUGGAACUUUAACUUUGAUUAAUGGAUGUCUAUAUGACGGAAGUUGGCAUGAUGAUAUCAAACAUGGAACUGGUCUCAUUGUCUGCAAAAAUGGUUUGAUCAUAAAAUCAGAACAAUUAUAUUAUAAAAAUCGCCCUGCAAUGAUCAAAGGCUCUAAGAAUGUAAAUGAAGAUAUAUCUGAAAAUGAUAAUCGUUUGAAGAAGAAAGUUAUUACAAAACCUUCAAAAACGAAAUCAAGACAGUCUUCUCCUUCGACAAAAAGUAAAGCAAAAGGUCAAAAUCAAAAACCUAAAAAGUCUCUUUCAAAGAAACUACUGCAUUCAGAUUAUUCAAAAAUAGAAAGAGCUAUGAUUCAAGAAGUUGAAAAGCAAUUACUUUAUAAUAGAACCUCGUAUUCCGAUAAUGAAUUCAAACCAAGAUCUUUGCCAUUUUAUUUGCCCGACCAUUAUAUCAUCUUAGAAUAUCACUUAAAUCGUUUAAUGCACAACACACCAGAGCAAAGCAAAUUUAAAUCAAACAGAAUAGUAAAUCUGGAUUAUAGCCCCACAACCUCAUUUCAUACCGCACCUUUUUAUGAUAGCCAUUCUAAUAUAUUCAAUUUAAAAAUUGGAGAUUGCAUACAGAAGUCGCCCGAAAUAACUGCUAAAUUAAACAAAGAUAACUUAGAAACAAUUGCUUCAUCGUGUGCAGAUAGAUUUUGCACAUCGGCUGUGAGGGAGUCUGAAGAAUGCAACUUGAGAAAUAUGAUAAUAUACCAUAUGCAUCUAUUGCGCAAAGUUUAUAAUUUCUAUGCUUCUCUUGGGAUAAAUGACAAAUUACCUCUAAACUCGGAGCCAGUUCUAGUGAGACUAUUUUUAUGGCAACUGUUUAGAGAUUGUGGGCUUUCGAAGAGAGGUAUCAAUCUUAUUCAAUUAGAUCGUGAUCUCUCAAUCAAUGUAUCCAGUUGUUUACUUUCUGAUCAUAACCCAUUUGAAAAACUGCAAUUCUUCCAAUUCUUGCAUUGCUUAUUGGAAGCAAGUUGGUGUUUGUAUGGAAAAUAUAUGAACAUACAUAAUUAUAAGGAAGGAGUUUUAGCAGUUGCUUUCGAUACAUUUCUAAUGGAUGAUGUAGCUCCGGCUAUUGAAAAUAGAAAUGGAUAUGCUUUGUUGGAAUUUCGAAACAGAGUUCCAUUGCACACUAUGUAUUCUAUGUAUAAAGACUUGGAGAACCCCUGA